AGAUGUAGCUGGUGAGGAGCUCGCUAGUCCACCUUCUGCUCCGCUCAUGGACACUGAUGGACUCGGGGUUCGCCUUUUUUCAGGAAGCUUCUAUGGGGACAUUGAACGGGAUGCAACCCGAGGAAGGAGGGAGAGAACACAGCCUCAAUUUUCCAUCCUCCUGCUCUGCUCUUUAAAGUAAAAAGUUGUUCUCAGGAGUUUCUGUUCAGAAGAGCCACUUCAGUGCCACCUGCCCAGCCCCAGGCUCUCCGGUACAGGUGUGCUACCGCAAUGGCAUCCCAGUUCCACUCCAUCCUGCUCCCUUUGGUUCUGCUGCUGUGUGCUCGGCAAGGCUUCCCCGAGAAGCCUCUGUGGCCCCUGCAGCGCAUGCCGGUAGUCCUUCCUCAGCAGAUUGAGGAGAGGCCACCCCCUCACUUUCUCGGCCCAGCUCAGCUGGAGGUGACCUCUUCCUGCGGUCCAGAGUGUCACAAGAAAGCCCCAACCCCUAACUAUUGGGACCUGCGGCGCUUCCUGUCCUAUGAGACUCUCCACUCCAACGGCCAGCUGACUGAGACAGUUGUGGGAAUCUACGGGUUUGACCUGAACUCACUCAACAAGAGUCCUGCCAUUGAGCAGGGUCGCUCCAGGGCCAAGCGCCAGAUAUUCGGGCAUGAUGGUCGCUUCAGCAUUGUAGGUCGGGACUUCCUGUUGAACUACCCCUUUUCCACGGCCGUGAAGCUGUCUACUGGUUGCUCAGGCACGCUAGUAGGCGACAAGCAUGUCCUCACUGCAGCCCACUGUGUCCAUGAUGGGAAAAACUAUGUAAAGGGCGCCCAGAGGCUAAGAGUCGGCUUUCUCAAGCCACGACAAAAGGAUCCACCACUCAACAAUAGCACUAAUGCAUUGAAACCUCCACCCCCAGAAAAGAUGAAGUUCCAGUGGAUCCGAGUCAAGCGGACCCACGUCCCCAAAGGCUGGAUAAAGGGCAACGCUAACGACAUUGGUAUGGACUACGAUUAUGCCCUGUUGGAGCUCAAAAAAGCUCAUAAACGCAGGCACAUGAAGCUGGGAGUCAGCCCUUCUGGCAAACAGCUACCUGGUCGGCGAGUGCAGUUCUCUGGCUUUGACAAUGACCGAGCUGGCCAGCUGGUCUACCGCUUCUGCAAGGUUGGAGAUGAAACCUAUGACCUUCUGUAUCAGCACUGCGACGCCCAGCCUGGCGCUAGUGGCUCUGGCGUCUACGCCCGCAUGUGGGAUCGCAAACGUCGCCGCUGGGAGCGGAAGGUCAUUGGUGUCUUCUCGGGACACCAGUGGGUAGAUCUCAAUGGCGCCCCCCAGGAAUUUAAUGUGGCUGUGCGCAUCACUCCACUCAAAUAUGCCCAGAUCUGCUACUGGAUCAAAGGGAAUUAUCUUGACUGUAGAGAAGGCUAAACUAAUACUAAACAUUACUCUCGCUUCAAGUACAGAUCCAUGCAGUCUGCGCAUCAUUCACAAUAUAAACACCUACGAAUUCAUGAAACACUGGCAUGUAAGCACUGAAAGAGGAGUAAAAAAAACCCCUUCACACAUAACGUACAUAAUCAGAAGUCAUGCUAAUUUCUAGAAACUGAUCUCCAGUUACUUUACUUAAAAUUUACUUUACUGCAAUUUCCCCCUGGGAUCAAUAAAGGAAUCUGAAUCUAAACAAAAACAUUUGCACUGUCUCAUUUAGAUUGAAGACACCAGACCAGAUCCAGCUAGAAUUUAUUCUAUAUUUUUGCAAGGCCAACAAUCUAUGCUUAACUGUAGCCAAAUAGCAAAAAAUAAGAUGUUUGCAAAAGGCGUCUGUGAACAACAGACUCUGUCAGCACCAAAUCCAGCUAUUACCGUCUGUGGACUUUUUCUGUAGAAGGCACUGAAGCAGUUGUGUAGGCACUAAGCCUUUGUAAAUGUUCUAUGUUUUGUGAUGAAAGAAUGUACUGCAAGUUAACCAAAGGUGCUUUUUAAUUGCUAUAUAUGCGAGUGAAACAAACGUGCAUAGGUCUUUAAUUACUGUACAGAAUGUCUUCAUGUGGUGUGGCAUCUGUUUGCCUUCUGCCACACUCUUAAAAAUAAGGUGCCAAAAUCAAAGAACAAUAACUUUCGGUUCCAUGAAGAACCUUUUCUUAGCGCAGAGGUUCUCAAACUUGCUCUCGGGGCCCCCCCAGACAGUUGAUAGCAAGAUGUGGACUGUCUGUUGGUCCCUGAGGAACCCUGUGAAGGUUUAACAAAUCCUUAAACUUUUAUUAUGGAAAGGUUAUUUGAACUGAUAAAAUGUUCGUCAAGCUCACACAUUUUUUCUAUGGCAUCUCUCAAAGAACCCUUUGUGGUACCUUCAUUUUUUAGAGUGUAGCGACCCCUAGUGGUCAAAAACAGUUCAUAAUGUGGCCGCCACCAGUUCCAGGCUAAUAAUGCUGGUGGCGUUGCCCCUUUACACUGACAAGAGAACAGUUUUUAAUUAAGUGAAGGCAAAUUAAUGGCAAGAAUCUAACUAGUAUUUAAGUAUAUGGAUGUGAUAUAGAGAGCAAGUGAACCUUUAUAUGCAAAUGUCUGUUCCCAAAGCACUUUGAAUUCAUAUUGAUAUGUUCAUUAAUGUCAUUAUCAACAAUUUACAAUGUACUACAUAAAUGUAUUAAAUGCUUUUGAAUGAGG